AUGGGUACAUCAGUCAAUGGGAGUGGCCCCAUUCUAGCUGAAGAUGAGAACAUUCGAAAUUUUCUGCAGAAAUAUCCAGAAAAUGUCGAUGUUCAUGUUGUCAUAAUGGGUCGAUCGGGGGUUGGAAAAAGCGAAUUCAUCAACGAGGUUUUGAGAGAGGAGUAUGGUCACAACCUCAAGCCCGAACAACUCAUGAAAGUAGAGCACACUCUAAGAAGAUGCACUACCGAAGUUCGGACAGCAGGUCUUCGAAAGACCUCUGAAGGACGGCGUAUAGUCCUCGUCGACACCCCUGGGUUGGAUGGCGUCAUUAAUGGCAAUGAAGAUCAAGCUCCGCCCAUUGAGACGGUAGCCAAUUGGCUCAGAGACAUUCACACGGCCAAUCUCUUACUAGCUGGGAUUAUCUGGCUCUUCGAUAUAUCUCAGAACGCAUUAUGCCUUGAAGACUAUGAAUGUCUUCGCACUCUGCAGGAAUUGUGCGGAGCUGAUUCGCUCAGCAGGAUACUCAUCGCGACAACAAAAUGGGAAAAAGAACGCGGCGAACAAACGGAGAAAAUCAUGUCACUGGAGAAGUUCCUCGAGCCAAUAACAAAAGCUGGAGCGAAAUUUGUCCAGGGAAAGUGCCCUGCCAGGGAUAUCAUUGCUAAAUCCCUCGCAGGGCAUAACUCCGGUGCAGUUCUUCAAAUUCAGGACGAAAUGGGUGUAAAACGGAAACCAUUUUCGAAAACUAUCGUCGGGGCCUCUUAUCUUCGAACCCACAAACCAGCCAGUUCAGACAGAGCGAGUGGUGCUUACGCUUGGUUUCGUAGAUUGUUUACCAUGGGAAGGUUUGGAAAAUGA